AUGGCAAAAAUAGAGCCUGUGGAGCGCUACCGAAAAGUGAUUCGUGUAAUCCGUUUUUGCGUGGGAUUCUGCGGAAAUGACGUGGCUGAUCCCAAUUUCCGGAUGUGGUGGCUCACCUACACUGUGAUUGGAGCGAUUGGCUUUUUCUUCGCCUGCACCGGUUACACCAUUUACGUGGGCGUGGUCAUCAAUGGAGACCUCACUGUGAUCCUUCAGGCAUUGGCGAUGGUGGGAUCGGCGAUCCAAGGACUUACCAAGCUCCUGGUCACCGCCAACAGCGCCGCUCAAAUGAGAGAACUUCAGAAUACUUUCGACGAUAUCUACCGGGAAUAUGGUGCGAAAGGUGGUGAAUAUGCCAAAUGCUUGGAACGAAGAAUUCGAACAACCUGGCAACUAAUCAUCGGCUUUAUGUUCGUCUACAUUAUUCUUUUGGGUCUGAUCAUAAGCUUUCCGAUUUUCUACUUGCUGGUUUUGCAUAAAAAGGUUUUGGUUAUGCAAUUCUUGAUGCCUAUUCUUAAUCAUAACACCGAUGGAGGUCACCUGGUGCUCACCGCAGUUCAUGUGGCUUUAAUUACUUUCGGUGGCUUCGGUAAUUACGGUGGGGAUAUGUACCUUUUCCUAUUCGUCACCCAUGUCCCUUUGAUAAAGGACAUAUUCAGUUUGAAGCUCAAGGAUUUAAACGAGGUGAUUGUCCAAGGAAAUCAGUACCCAAAGGUAAGAGCAAUGCUCUGUGAUCUACUUACCUGGCAUCAGCUUUAUUCAAGUAUUUUGCAAACUACCAAAAGGAUCUAUAGCAUCGUGUUGUUUGUGCAGCUUUCAACCACUUGUGUCAGUCUGUUGUGCACCAUAUCUUGCAUAUUUAUAAAAUCAUGGCCCGCAGCUCCUCUCUACCUUUUAUUCGCCGCUAUAGUUCUCUACACCUUCUGCGGUCUUGGCACUUUGGUGGAGAAUUCCAACGAGGACUUUCUGACGGUAAUCUACACGGAUUGUCUGUGGUAUGAGUUGCCCGUGAAGGAGGAGAAGCUAAUUAUCCUAAUGAUUGCCAAGGCUCAAAAGGAGGUUUGCCUCACCGCAGCCGAUAUGGCACCAUUGUCAAUGAACACAGCUCUCAAGUUGACCAAAGGAAUUUAUAGUUUCAGUAUGAUGCUAAUGAACUACUUGGGAAAGGAUUAA